AUGAACUGUAAACCUUCAUCAUCACAAUAUAUCAAGCAUGAAUUAACUCCUCAAAUGUACAACUUUUUAAAAGAAUUGCCCAAGUGUGAACAUCACUUACAUAUAGAAGGUACAUUAGAACCAGAAUUACUAUUUACUUUGGCAAAGAAAAACUCUGUUACACUACCAAAUGAUUUCCCUCGUAGCAUUCAGGAGUUGAAAUCUAAAUACUUGACUUUUACUGAUUUACAAAGCUUCUUAGAUUUGUAUUAUGUUGGUUGCAACGUUUUGAUUACUGAAGAUGAUUUUUACGAAUUAGCCAUGGACUAUUUUAAUAAAGUUUCUAAACAGGGGUUAAAACAUGCGGAAAUUUUCUUUGAUCCUCAAUCACAUACUAGCAGAGGUAUUGAUAUUAACACUAUUUACAAUGGUUUGAACAAAGCAUGUUUAGAAAUCAACGAAAAACAAGGCAUAACCACAAAGGUUAUUAUGUGUUUAUUGAGACAUUUGCCAGUAGAUGAAUGUUUAUCUACAAUUGAUUUGGCUUCGGAUUUGAUCAGGGAAAAUAAGAUACAUGGACUAGGUUUAGAUUCUAGUGAAAAACCAUUUCCACCAGAAUUGUUUAAAGAGUGUUACUCAAAAGCAGCUGCAGUAUCAGCUAAUGUUAACAACAAUCUUAGAUUAACUGCUCAUGCCGGUGAGGAAGGCGGUCCAGAUUAUGUUUCUAAUAGUUUGAAACAUUUAAAUGUCGAAAGAAUCGACCAUGGUAUUAAUUCUUAUAAAGAUGAUUUGCUAAUGAAUGAAUUGUCUAGCAGAAAAAUUUUACUAACUGUCUGUCCCUUAAGUAAUGUCAGAUUAAAAGUCGUUAAAGAUGUUGGAGAAUUACCAUUGGACUGGCCAAAAACAGUAUCGAAUGUUCGUGGUGCGAUGAAAAAAGAAAGGAAGAAUUAUAUGCCCUAG